UUUUUUUAUGUCGAGUUAUCACCUCUUGAACUCGACACCCAUCCCGGAGUCCAAAGUCUCUCCUGCACAGAUCGUCGGUAAUAAAAGCGCAGUGUUGAGUCUCAUUUGAUUUGCACAGCAACAGGCCGAGCAUGUCCGGGACCGCAGAGCCGGAGCCAUUGUCCAGCAGGGAGAGAUGCCCUCAGGCCAAAGGUUUGGAGAGUGUGGCCCCACUGGUGAGCUCUGUGGAGGAAAGCCCUGAUCCCAUCCCAACUACCAUCACAGGAACGAUCCCAACAUGGAUCAACGGGAGCUUCCUGAGGAACGGUCCGGGGAAGUUUGAAUUUGGCCAAGACAGAUACACCCACUGGUUCGACGGCAUGGCAAUGAUGCACAGAUUUCACAUCAGUGAAGGCAACGUGACCUACAGUAGCCGUUUCCUGAGAAGUGACUCGUACGUGCGUAACUCGGAGAAGAACCGCAUCGUUGUGUCAGAGUUCGGAACGCUGGCCAUGCCUGAUCCCUGCAAGAACAUCUUUGCGCGAUUCUUCUCACGUUUUCAGACCCCAAAGGCCACGGACAAUGCCAGCGUGAAUUUUGUCAAGUACAAAGGAGACUAUUUCGUCAGCACCGAAACCAACUACAUGAGAAGGAUCGAUCCUCAAACUCUGGAGACAAAAGAAAAGGUGGACUGGAGCCAAUACGUUGCUAUCAAUGCAGCCACAGCCCACCCACAUUAUGACCGCCAAGGGGGCACGUACAACAUGGGCAACUCUUACGGGAAAGGAGGUUUCUUCUACAACAUCAUCCGCGUGCCCCCACCUGGGGAGGCGGGGGCGAGCGACGACUGCGCAGACCUCUACGGAGCUAAAGUGAUCUGCUCCAUCCGAGCAAAGGAACCCAGAAAACCCUGCUACUAUCACAGCUUCGUCAUGUCUGAGAACUACAUAGUGUUUGUGGAGCAGCCCAUCAAGUUGGAUCUGCUCAAGUUCAUGCUUUACCGCAUCCAAGGAAAGAGUUUCCAAAAGGUCAUGACCUGGGAUCCCUGUUGCGACACCGUCUUCCACCUGGUCAACCGGCACACUGGAAAAGAGAGUGAAGUGACGUACCGCGCAGCUCCCAUGUUCACGCUGCAUCAGAUCAACGCCUUUGAGGACAACGGACUGCUGGUUAUGGACAUGUGCUGCGGGGAUGACGGACAGGUCAUCGGUGACUUCACCCUGGAGAACCUCCGCAGAGAUCCAGGAGAGGAGUUGGACAAGUUUUACAACUCACUGUGCAGAAACCUGCCAAGGAGAUACGUCCUGCCGUUAAAUGUCGGCAAAUCGGCCCCCCUGGAGCAGAACCUGGUGACCUUGCCUAACUAUAAAGCCACGGCCAAAAUGACCAAACCUGGAGAGGUAUACAUGACCCACGAGGAACUUCACGACGAUGAACUUCUGCAAUACGGUGGCCUGGAGUUCCCUCAGAUCAACUACGAGCAAUACAACGGACGACCUUACCGCUACUUCUAUUCAUGUGGUUUUGGACAUGUCUUCAGUGACUCGCUGCUCAAGAUGGACGUGCACACCAAGGAGCUCAAGGUGUGGCGCUAUCCCGGCUUGUUCCCGUCCGAGCCUGUCUUUGUUGCUUCGCCUGAAGCGACCGAGGAAGAUGACGGAGUUGUUUUGUCAGUCAUUAUCACACCGCGGGAAGACAAAAGUGCGUUCCUUCUCGUUCUGGAUGCCAAGUCGUUCAGGGAACUGGGCAGAGCCGAGGUGCCCGUCAAUAUCCCAUAUGGGACGCACGGUGUCUUCAAUCACAUGGCCUAAUAGUUCCACAAACAACAUUGAUGAAGAGAUGCUUGAAUGGUGUUCCAGGUAGCAAACUUGUCCUGAAGUGCUCUUAACUAAAAGCCAAAUGGAAGGAUUUGAAGGACAAAUCCCUUUUCAGAAAUGCAUAACCAAAUGGCAGCAGAAGACAAUAAAAUGAAAUCAAUUUCCA